AUGGUUUUGUCCUACAUCACAUCUCCAUAUUCUUAUUCUCAAGUCCUAUAUAUAAUAGCUGAAAUCACAUUUCCAAUUCACCUUCUCGGUGGCUACUGUAUCCUAUUCAAAACUCCGUUGGCUAUGAAAUCCGUUAAAUGGAGCCUGUUCAAUCUGCAUUUUUGGGCAUCUCUAUUUGAUUUACUGCUUAGUUUUUUUGAGCAACCAUUUAUAUGUAUGCCUGUUCUAGCAGGAUUUCCAAUGGGUGUGAUGAAAUGGUUGAACGUGGAGACGGGGGUCAUGGUGUAUAUUGGAAUUACCGUUAAUUACUUAGUACCCGUCUCUACUGUUUCCAUGUUUGAAAACCGCUUCUUCGUUCUAUUCGCUGAAGACACUCACUGGCGAUAUAUUCGUUAUCUACUUCUGAUCUUUAAUUAUACUAUUGCAAUAUUCUCUGGAAUGGUUACAUGUUUAGAAAUUCCUGAUCAACAAUACGCGAGAGCCAUUGUAUUUGCAAAAAACUCGGAAAUCAUACAAUUUGAUCUACCAGAGUCGCCAAUGUUCAUUAUAUCAGUAUACAAUCCCUGGAUAACAUAUCGACUGCUCAUCUAUCUUGCUCUAUUUGUGGUUGAGCUAUUUGUCUUUACAAUUCUUAUACGAAUGAAUAUGAAGAAGGCAAUGACCGGAUUCCGAUCUACAAUAUCCCAAAAAACCCUUAAAAUGCACAAAAACUCCAUAAAAGCUAUGAAUCUCCAGGUGGCAAUCCCGAUGCUUGUCAUAUGUGUUCCGUGUCUCUCCAGUAUAAUUGUCCCGGUGUUCUUAUCCGAUCAUCAAGGCUUCAUAAACUUCACCAAUAUCGUUGUGUCAUCCCAUGGUGCACUUUCUGCAUUGCUUAUGAUCUACCUGCAAACCUCAUAUCGAGCAGAGGUCGUGAGAAUUGUAGGGUGUUGUCGGAAAUUGAGGAUCGGAGAAGGCGUUCAAGUUUUUCAUAUUUCGUCUACAAGCUAA